AUGCUUCUCUUAGACUACCAGAAUGUGUUAAUCCAGUCCAUUCUCACCGAGAGAUUCUCAGGGGCUCCCCCAGCGACCAUCGACCAGACUGUGUCGGAUUUCGAUGGCGUUCUCUUCCAUAUCUCUACACCCGAGACGAAGACGAAGAUAGUGGUGUCUAUCCAGAUACGAUGCUUCAAGGAUUUGGUAAAAUACGGAGCGGAACAGGUGCUGCAACGGGAGUAUGAGGCCCGCGACGACCUCAUCAUGAAAAUGGCUCUCCUGAAGCGCAACGCAAUGGCCGCGCCGUUCGAACUCGCGUACCAAGAAUACUACCAACUCAGAGACGAAGCGUCGAAAUAUACCUCCGAGGAAGCACCCCAGGGUGUCCGAGAAGGCGGCGAGGUCAUGGCCAUUCACUACCGCGAGGAGGAGGCGAUAUAUCUCAAGGCAAGCCACGACAGGGUAACGGUAAUCUUCAGCACCGUCUUCCGCGAAGAAACGGACCGAGUCUUUGGGAAGGUCUUUAUCCAAGAAUUCGUGGACGCCCGGAGGAGAGCAAUUCAGAACGCUCCUCAGGUGCUUUUCCGAAACGACCCACCCCUUGAGUUACAGGGUGUUCCCGGCGUUGCGAACUCUGGCACGGGAGAGAUUGGCUAUGUCACUUUUGUUCUCUUCCCGCGACACCUCACUCCCCAGCGUAUGCCGGAUGUCAUCUCGCAUAUUCAGACUUUCCGCGAUUACUUCCACUACCAUAUUAAGGCUUCCAAGGCCUAUAUCCAUUCACGAAUGAGGAAGCGAACAGCUGAUUUCCUCCAAGUUCUGCGAAGAGCCAGGCCGGACAACGAGGAGAAGGAAAGAAAGACGGCAAGCGGCAGGACAUUCAAGGUUCAAAGCUAA